CAUUUGGUCGCCAUUCUUCUUAAUCCCCACUCCAUUGCACUUCCAACCGUAGACUUUUCAAACUUCAACAUAAUUCCCAGUGCUUCCUCUCUCUCAUCUCUCUCUCUCUCUCUCUCUGAUCACAGCCGUUAAUGGAAGCUGGAUGUGAGAAUAUGGUUCUUAAUUCGUUUGAUGGUCACAAGUUUCCAGUCACUCUCCAUGAAAAUGGAUCUUCACUGAUCAACGAGAUGGAUUUCUUCUCAACCGAUGCUUCCCAGAAUCGUUUGACUAUUGAUGUCAAACAAGAACAACACCAACAAGAUGGACUACUUCAUCAAGAACUUCAACUUAACUUAAAUGUAGGUUCGAAUCUUACUACAACGAAAACAACAGGUUGCAAUGGUGGAUCUUUGCUUACAAGUAGCCAAUCUGCUCACAAGCUCGCUAUGUUACAGGCGCAACUCGAAAACAUGAGGAGAGAAAACGAAGGUUUACGAUCAAUGGUUACUCAAGUUAAGGAAAAGUACACAUAUUUACAAAGGCAUAUUGAAGAAAAUAUCAUACCUCAUGAUACUACAAAUGGUAGUAAGAUGAUUAAUACGGUCAAAGAGGACACAAAACAAAGCUUAUUGGUUCCUUUGGAAUUGAAGAGUGGUUCAAGAGUUGAUAGCCCGGAUAACAUAGAUGAUGUCAAGUUUGAUUCAUCCAAAGAUGGUGAUCGAGGAGGCGCGGUUGAAGCAUCGAUGAGACGCGUUCGUGUGGCCGUUCGAGCUCAAUCCGAAGCAUCCGUGAUAUCAGAUGGUUGUCAAUGGAGAAAAUAUGGGCAAAAAAUGGCGAAAGGAAAUCCAUGUCCUCGUGCUUAUUAUCGUUGUACAAUGGCUGUAGGUUGUCCAGUCCGCAAACAGGUACAAAGAUGUGCAGAAGACCGAACAGUUUUGACAACAACAUAUGAAGGUACCCACAACCAUCCGUUGCCACAAGCCGCUAUGGCAAUGGCCUCCACCACCUCUGCCGCUGCCUCCACGCUACUCUCUGGUUCCAAAUCAAGCUCUGAUCACCUCAAUCACCACCUUACACCAGGAUCCAUGCUAUCUUCGUACCCUCCACAUCUAACCACCACCCUAUCAGCCACCGCACCAUUUCCAACCGUCACCUUAGACCUCACCAACCCUAGAUCUGACCACCAUAUCCGACCACCCCCCUUUCACUUCCCCUUUUCAACAAACAUUCCUAGUAUUAACAUUCAUAACAAGCCACUUGUUGUAGGACAUUUAUCUGGUCAACAAAAUAAUGCAACAAAAUUUUCCGAUGUCCAAAGAUCUGCCCAAGAGAUGAUGAAUGCAGCCACGGCUGCGGUCACGUCAGAUCCACACUUUAUGGCUGCUUUAGUGGCGGCGAUUGGCUCCAUUAUUGGUAGUGACAACCGUAACAAUGGUGGUGAUAUUAGUAAUGAUAAAAAUGAUAAUAAUUUGAAAAGAUGUCAGAAUAGUUAGUACAAAGUUUACAUUACUUUGUAAAGAAAGCAAGGAUUACUUAUAUAUGUUGUUGUUUAUAAAACAAAUAUAAAAAAGUAUAUAUACCGAAACGUGUAUCCACUGUGAGGCUAUAUAUUGCUAUCUAAAUUGUACACUGUCA